AUGAAGAGGAAGCUGGCACCCUCCGAGAUGCAGUUGGUUCUUCUCAUUUUAUUGGUGUGGCUACCAACAAGAUCAGUGCUGGCUGACUCCCUGGAAGACGAAGCUAAGAAUAACAUCACCAUCUUUACAAGAAUUCUAGACAGACUUCUGGAUGGUUAUGAUAAUCGUCUCAGACCUGGAUUAGGAGAUAGUAUUACUGAAGUCUUCACUAACAUCUAUGUGACCAGUUUUGGACCUGUUUCAGAUACUGAUAUGGAAUACACAAUAGAUGUUUUCUUCCGUCAGAGAUGGAAGGAUGAGAGAUUAAAGUUCAAGGGCCCAAUGAACAUUCUUCGAUUGAACAACUUAAUGGCCAGCAAAAUCUGGACCCCAGAUACAUUUUUUCACAAUGGGAAGAAGUCAGUGGCUCAUAACAUGACAAUGCCAAACAAGCUUCUACGAAUCCAAGAUGAUGGGACUCUCUUGUACACCAUGAGGCUUACAGUCCAAGCUGAAUGUCCAAUGCACUUGGAGGAUUUCCCUAUGGAUGCUCACUCAUGCCCACUGAAAUUUGGCAGCUAUGCGUACACAACUUCAGAAGUGACAUAUAUUUGGACUUACAAUGCUUCAGAUUCAGUGCAGGUGGCACCAGAUGGCUCAAGAUUGAAUCAGUAUGAUCUUUUAGGCCAAACAAUUGGAAAAGAGACAGUUAAAUCAAGUACAGGUGAAUAUACAGUAAUGACGGCUCAUUUUCACUUGAAGAGAAAAAUUGGUUAUUUUGUCAUUCAGACUUACCUCCCCUGUAUCAUGACUGUCAUUCUCUCUCAAGUGUCAUUCUGGCUGAACAGAGAAUCUGUACCUGCCAGGACAGUCUUUGGAGUAACAACUGUGUUGACAAUGACAACACUGAGCAUCAGUGCUCGAAAUUCACUCCCCAAAGUAGCAUAUGCAACAGCUAUGGAUUGGUUUAUUGCUGUUUGUUAUGCAUUUGUAUUCUCUGCAUUAAUUGAAUUUGCAACUGUAAAUUAUUUCACAAAACGAGGAUGGGCCUGGGAUGGAAAAAGUGUAGUGAAUGAUAAGAAAAAAGAAAAAGCGUCUGUCAUUAAGAAAAAUAAUGCCUAUGCAGUGGCUGUUGCCAACUAUGCUCCAAAUAUUACCAAGGACUCAGUGCUACCAACCAUCUCCAAGAGUGCUACAACUGCAGAACCCAACAAGGCAAAACCAGAAGCGAAGCCACAGGAAGCAAAGAAGACAUUCAACAGUGUUAGCAAAAUUGACAGAAUGUCUAGAAUAGUGUUUCCAGUCUUAUUUGGUACUUUUAAUUUAGUGUAUUGGGCUACAUAUUUAAACAGGGAGCCUGUCUUACUUGGCUUUGCACCAUCAACUUAA